CAAUGUAGCGAAUGUCCCGCUCCGGUCUGCGCGUCGGAGCCGCGGCGUGAGCGGCCCGCGAAGAUGGAGCCGCCGCCGCCAGCGCCGCCGCCGCUUCCCCGGGCUCCCCCGACCCUCCGGAGCCAGCAGCCGCCGCCGCCACCGGCGCCCGGUCUCCCCGCGCGCGAGGUCCCGGAGCCGCGGGCCAGGACGCCGCCGACGGUGUGAGGGCGCUCGCGGAGAGAGUGAUGCUCUUCAAAAUGAAAACUCUGGAAAAUAUUAGGUUUUCUUUAGGAACUGCAGAAAUUGAAGGACAGAAUAUUUUUGAAAGGAAGUUGUUCUGAAAGCAUGUUUACAAUUAACUGACACUAUUGACUGUUCUUUUUAAAAUAAUAAGACACUUUGAGAAGAUUGUAUUUAUGGUAAAAGGAAACUGGACUAACGAUGAGGCCAAAGACUUUUCCUGCCACAACUUACUCUGGAAAUAGCCGGCAGCGAUUGCAGGAGAUCCGAGAGGGGCUGAAGCAGCCGUCCAAGUCUUCUCCCCAGGGGCUGCCACUGGGACCAAACAGUGACACUUCCCUGGAUGCCAAAGUCCUGGGGAGCAAAGAUGCCUCCAGGCAGCAGCAGAUGAGAGCCACCCCGAAGUUUGGACCUUAUCAAAAAGCGCUCAGGGAAAUCCGAUACUCCCUACUGCCUUUUGCCAAUGAAUCAGGCACUUCAGCGACUGCAGAAGUAAACCGGCAGAUGCUUCAGGAAUUGGUGAAUGCAGGAUGCGACCAGGAGAUGGCUGGCAGAGCACUCAAGCAGACAGGCAGUAGGAGUAUUGAAGCCGCCUUGGAGUACAUCAGUAAGAUGGGCUACUUGGACCCCAGGAAUGAGCAGAUUGUUCGAGUCAUCAAGCAGACCUCCCCAGGAAAGGGCCCGGUGCCCGCUCCGGUGAGGCGGCGGCCCAGCUUUGAGGGUGCAGGGGAAGCAUUCCCACCCUGCCACCAGUUGGGCGGUGCAAGCUAUGAGGGUCCCUGCCCGCUGGAGGAGAUGCCACGGCAAUAUUUGGACUUCCUCUUCCCCGGGGUCAGUGCCCCUGCUCACCAGCAUCCUCCCAAAGGCUAUAGCGCAGCAGUGGAGGCGGGUGCACACUUCCCGGGCACACACUAUGGCCGUGCUCACCUGCUCCCGGAGCAGCCUGGGUAUGGGGUGCAGCGCAGCCCCUCCUUCCAGAGCAAGACACCACCAGAUGCCUAUUCCGGCAUGGCCAAGACACAGGGUGGCCCUCCCGCCAGCCUCGCCUUCCCUGCCCAUGCUGGGCUGUACACCUCGCACCACAAGCCGGCAGCCGCUGCGCCCACAGCCCACCCGAUGCAUGUGUUGGGUGCCCGGGGUCCUGCGUUCGCUGGCGAUAGCCCUACACAGGCAGUGCUGGCACCAUCCAGGAACAGCCUCAAUGCUGACUUGUAUGAGCUGGGCUCUCCGGUGCCCUGGUCCGCGGCCCCGCUGUCUCGCCGUGAUUCACUGCAGAAGCAGGGUCUGGAGGCCUCCCGGCAGCAUGCCGCCUACCGGGCCAGCCCCAGCAGGACCAACUCCUUCAGCAGCCCACAGCCCGAGCCCUCGCUACCCGCCCCCAACACGGUCACCACAGUGACCGCAGCGCACAUCCUGCACCCUGUGAAGAGUGUGCGUGUACUACGGCCCGAGCCCCAGACAGCUGUAGGGCCCUCGCACCCCGCCUGGGUGCCCGCACCCACAGCACCUGCCACGGAGGGCCCAGAGACCAAGGAGGGCAGUGCAGGCCAGCACUCGCUGGAGGUGGACUACGGUGGCUCUGAGCGCAGGUGCCCACCACCCCCUUACCCCAAACACCUGCUGCUGCCCAGCAAGGCCGAGCAGUACAACCUGGACCUGGACAGCCUGUGCACCGGUGUGGAGCAGACCCUGCGCAGCGGCGCCGAGCAAGACAGGAAUGACAAGAGCCACAAGGGUGCCAAGGGGGACAAAGCUGGCAGGGACAAAAAGCAGAUCCAGACCUCCCCCGUGCCAGUGCGCAAGAACAGCAAGGAUGAAGAGAAGAGAGAGUCUCGCAUCAAGAGCUACUCCCCGUAUGCCUUCAAGUUCUUCAUGGAGCAGCAUGUGGAGAAUGUCAUCAAGACCUAUCAGCAGAAGGUCAGCCGGAGGCUGCAGCUGGAGCAGGAAAUGGCCAAAGCUGGACUCUGUGAGGCCGAGCAGGAGCAGAUGAGAAAGAUCCUCUACCAGAAGGAGUCUAACUACAACAGACUGAAGAGGGCCAAGAUGGACAAGUCCAUGUUUGUGAAAAUCAAAACUCUGGGCAUUGGUGCCUUUGGAGAAGUAUGCCUUGCCUGUAAGGUGGACACUCAUGCCCUCUAUGCUAUGAAGACUCUGAGGAAGAAAGACGUCCUGAACCGGAAUCAAGUGGCCCAUGUCAAGGCUGAGAGAGACAUCCUGGCCGAGGCAGACAAUGAGUGGGUGGUCAAGCUCUACUACUCCUUCCAGGACAAGGACAGCCUGUACUUUGUGAUGGACUACAUACCUGGCGGGGAUAUGAUGAGCCUGCUGAUCCGCAUGGAAGUCUUCCCUGAGCACCUGGCCCGCUUCUACAUUGCAGAGUUGACUCUGGCCAUUGAGAGUGUCCACAAGAUGGGCUUCAUCCACAGGGAUAUCAAGCCUGACAACAUCUUGAUUGACUUGGACGGUCACAUUAAGCUGACAGAUUUUGGCCUGUGCACUGGAUUCAGGUGGACUCACAACUCCAAAUACUACCAGAAAGGGAACCACAUCAGACAGGACAGCAUGGAGCCUGGUGACCUCUGGGAUGACGUUUCCAACUGUCGUUGUGGAGACAGAUUAAAGACCCUGGAGCAGAGAGCCCAGAAGCAGCACCAGAGGUGUCUGGCGCAUUCUCUAGUUGGGACACCAAAUUACAUUGCGCCUGAGGUGCUUCUCCGCAAAGGGUACACACAGCUCUGUGACUGGUGGAGUGUCGGUGUGAUUCUUUUUGAGAUGCUGGUUGGGCAACCACCUUUCUUGGCACCUACUCCUACAGAAACCCAGCUGAAGGUUAUCAACUGGGAGAACACGCUGCAUAUCCCCACGCAGGUCAAGCUGAGCGUCGAGGCCCGCGACCUCAUCACCAAGCUGUGCUGCGCAGCCGACUGCCGCCUGGGCAGGAACGGGGCAGACGACCUCAAGGCGCACCCAUUCUUCAGCGCCAUCGACUUCUCCCGAGACAUCCGGAAGCAGCCCGCGCCCUAUGUCCCCACCGUCAGCCACCCCAUGGACACCUCCAAUUUUGACCCGGUGGAUGAAGAAAGCCCCUGGCACGAGGCCAGUGGAGAGAGUGCCAAGGCAUGGGACACGCUGGCAUCCCCCAACAGCAAGCACCCAGAGCAUGCCUUCUACGAGUUCACCUUCCGCAGGUUCUUUGAUGACAACGGCUACCCUUUCCGGUGCCCAAAGCCGUCAGAGCCGGCCGACAGUGCAGGCCCGGGGGCUGCGGAGCUGGGGGCUGCGGCUGAGGGCUGCCAGCCCGUGUAUGUGUAAACAGCCGUGGCCUCAGUUAUCACAUCGAGGAACUCUCGUCUUUCUAAAAAAAAAAAACAAAAAACAAAAACAAAACAGUUUUUUUUUUUUUUUUAAGACAAACUCACGUUUAGAAAUUGUUCAUUUCUAGUUCUGGUUUAAUGGGCAACAGGGAGGGUCACCAUGACUUCGGAUUGGCCCUUUGAGGACCUUCACUGCAUUAAAACGAUAUCUUUAAAAAUUUAGUACUAUAUGGAAAGAGCACUUAUUUUAUGGAUACCCAUUUUUUCUUACUAAAUUAUAAGGAUUAACUUUGACAAGUCAUGCUGCUGUUACUUCCAGUUGUGGUUAUCUGAUAGCACUUGUCCACAUUUAGAGAAGAAGUAAGAACUGAAGAACAUGUGAUAAGACAUCUGUGCAAUAAGUGAGCGAGUGAGACCGAGCUCUGCUCCGCGUCACGAAGGUGGUUUAUCUCCACAGUGGCUUUGCUUUGUAUCUUCCCACAUUUCAGAAUUGUCAUGUAAUGUUUAAAAGCUGCUUUUGUGGUUUUUCCCUUUGCAUAUCAUAGUUACUAGAAAGAGUGAGCAAAGAGAUGGUGGUGUGAUUCCCGCGUCUGAGGUGUGGAAAGUGCUGCAUGAGCAGAGUUUUCUACUAUAAAAUUACCAUAUCUUGCCAUUCACAGCAGGUCCUGUGAAUACGUUUUUAAAUGAGGUAUUCUAGACAGUGUGCCGAUAUGUAUUGUGUGGGUGAUGAGUGUAGCUUUAUUGCUAAAGAAAUACAUAUGUGUAACUGAAGUGUGAAUUUUUUUUUUUUUUUUUUUUUUUUUUUACUGUGUGUGUUUUGGAUAUGACUGGGUUCUUUGGUAGGCAAAUGUAAACAUUUGUCAUAUAUAAAACACAUCAAAAGGGAUUAAGUCAGCUAUGCCAAAACAUUGAACAUAGUCGUAGCGCUGUCCAUUUCUCUAGACCAGUGUGCUGUCAGUCUUGGUAUGUGGAGAGCUGUAGCUGGGACCCUACUACUUAACCUUUUCAAAACAGGGUUCCCACAAAAGGUGAGGUGAGCAUUGUGCUUCCUGCUAGUCAGCCAAGAUGUCACCAUGGAGCUCCACCUGAUGUUUCUGUCACACCUUGAGGUGUCAAAUCUUAAUACAACUUAAGCAAUACGUUUUUUCAACUUUGUACAAAGAAAGAUUUUCUUCCAAGUGACAUUGGACUACAAAAACAAGCCAUACAGUUUUUUCUUAGACAUAUAGGUGUAUAUAUAAGUAUAGGAAAACACACAAAAUAUUUCUUAUUUCAAUUAGUAAUGGUUCCUACUUAAAGUGAUUUAUAUUUGAGUACAUGCAGGUUUUUUUGCUUUUUAAAAGAUGGAAUGCAGCACAUUUUCAUUAUACUAUUCCACAUAUUUUCCUUAAGGUUCUAAGCAUAAUGUAUCCGUUACUUAGGAUGUAUCUAGGCAGAAACACUUACAAAUUUAUGUCUAAGAAACAUUCCGGUGUCCUGGUUUACAUUUGUAUGGAUGGCAUAUUCUGGCGUCUGCUGCGCUUGUAUCGUGACU